UCAUCGCAUCAUUGAUGCUCAACUCCAAGGACGCUUGAUCGCGGAGCAACCUGGCGCCGAGGCACGCACAAGCCGCCUCAGCAUCGCACAACGCCGCAAUGGCGCGAAUACCUCUCGCCCUCUUCUUCCUGGCCUUCAUGGCCACCUUCGCCAGCGCAGCCUUCCCCUCCUUCUGCAAAUGCACCUGCUUCCAAAACAGCACCAUCAUCCCGCUCGGCCCUCAGCACGACAACAACAACAACAACCAACCCCCACCCAACCCACGACCACCACCAUCCUCCUCCUCCCUCUCCUCCCCGUCCUCCUCCUCCUCGUCCCCAUCCACCGCCACCUCGGCAAGCGAAUCCCCCCUCCUCCCGCGCGAGUCCUCGACCAGCUGCGCGCAGUGCAACCGCGCCUUCUGCCUGCGGUACAACCUGCCCAUCUGCAAGGGCGCCGAGGAGAAGGACGUCAAGACGCAGUGCUUCCAGCGCGACAGCCACAAGGACCGCGUCAUCGUCUGGGGCUUCAUCCUCGGCACGGCGGGCCUGCUGGGGUGGGCGGGGCUGCGGCGGGCGCUGGAUUCCACCUCCGCCUCGGCUGCUGCGCGCAGGGCGGCGGGGCGCGGGUUAAGUGGUGCUGCUAGUGGUGGUGGUGGUGGUGGUGGUGGUGGUGGUGGUGGUGGUGGUGGUGGUGGUGGUAAUGGUGCGGGUGGUGGGGGGAGGCAUGAGCAUGGUGGAGUGGAGGGUGGUGGCACGGGAGGGGGGUUGUUCAGCAGGAGGCCGGGGUCCGCGGCGGCAGGGGGGCAGGGUCGUGGGCUGUAUAGUCCGGUUGAGGGAUGAUCACGGCCCGGGUGCGGCUGGUCGGCCUGGGUAGUAGGAGCGUGUUGUUGUUGCCUACUUGUGUUUGGCGGGCGUUGGAGGAUUCAUGAAUAUACAUGGCCAACACCAGAUC